UUUCUCCUCUUCCUCUAGCUGGAGUUGAGGAAAAAUAGAAUGACAGAACACUUGCUCAAACUUUAUUUUUAACAGGAUAAACCAAGGCUGUAAGUCUUGGAGAGAAACCAGCCAGGAACUUCUAUGACAUAUUUUAUGCUUUUUUAAAGUAUUCGAGACACUGACUCUGUUUUCCUUUACUCCAGGUGUUCCUGCUGGAGAGAAAAUGACUUGCAGCGACUGGAAUAAACAACAUUGAAAGCAACGUGGCAUCUGCUUGAGGACCUUGAAAUAACUGCUUCUGCCAGGAUUAUCUGCUCCAUGAAUGAAGAAUGAACAAACACACAAGAAACUGAGGAAAAAGCGCUGUGUGGUGCUGCGGUUCCUGAAGUCCCCCCCCAACCAGACUAAGACUUCACAGGAAAUACUACACCAUCUGCAAAACAUCGUAGACUUUGGAAAACAUGUGAUGAAGCAGUUCUUUGGGGAGAACUACAUUCACCACGGGGAAAUUAUUCAACUGCCUUUAGACUUCGUAAGACAGCUCUGUUUGAAAAUCCAGCCAGAGAGGCCAGAGUGUCGCUGUGACAAGGACAUGGACACCCUGAGCGGGUUCGCGAUGUGCCUUCCCAACCUGACGCGGCCGCAGAGCUACCGCCUGGCCGAGCACCGACCCCUGCUCUGCAUCGAGAUCAAGCCAAAGUGUGGCUUCAUUCCUUUCUCCAGCCAUGUUUCACAGGAGAUAAAGCACAAGGUGUGUCGUUACUGUAUGCAUCAGCAUCUAAAGGUAGCAAACGGAAAAUGGAAGCGACCCAGUAAAUAUUGCCCGUUGGAUCUCUUCUCAGGAAACAAACAGAGAAUGCACUUUGCUUUGAAGAGCUUAUUACAGGAGGCACAGAACAACUUGAAAAUAUUUAAGAAUGGUGAACUAAUUUAUGGCUGUAAGGAUGACCAGGACUGUGUCUCUGACUGGAACGAACUCGCUCGUCACUUAAAACCUUUCUUUUUCCCCUCCAACGGGCUGGUGAGUGGCCCCCACUGCACAAGGACAAUUGUUAAAGAACUGAUCCAGGUGAUAACCAUGACGCUACUGAGUAGCACCGACACCUGCAGGGCAGGUGACAUGAAGACAGUUCCCGUCUCACAAGGACGAAGCUACUGUGAAGCAAGUGCUUUCAACAAGGAGCUGGUUAGGAACGGUAAACACAAAUUGGAAAGCUCUGGCUUACCGAGGGGUUGUCUCCUUUAUAAAACCCUUCAGGCUCAGAUGCUUGACAUGCUGGAUAUUGAAGGACUCUAUCCUUUGUACAGUAGAGUUGAACAGUACUUGGAGGAAUUCCCUGAAGAGAGGAGUACAUUACAGAUAGAUGGACCUUACAAUGAGGCGUUUUAUGAGAAGCUGCUGGAUCUUUCCACGGAGGAUGACGGGACAGUGGCGUUCGCGUUAACAAAGGUGCAGCAGUACAGAAUAGCCAUGACUGCUAAAGACUGCUCCAUCAUGAUUGCCCUUUCCCCCUGUCUGCAGGAUGAAUGCUCUGAGCAAAGAUCUGUGGUACUGGCAUCCAAAUCCAGAUUCACCUUUUCCGUCUCUGUGCUGGACCUGGACCUGAAGCCCUAUGAGAGCAUUCCCCACCAGUACAAACUGGAUGGGGAGAUAGUCAACUAUUACCUGAAGAAUGUACAGGCCAAAGAUGACCCUGUUAUGUCCAACCUCUUCAAGGAGAAUGAAGACUGCACAUUAGUUCUCCAUAAAGUGUAACCAUUUCCUUGAGGUUAUUUUUAUUCAAACACAUUAGAAAGUGAAAGAGUAAUGGAAUACAGUUAUGGUGAUUUUUUUUUCUUUUCUAUUGUGUUCAGUGCAUUUUUCAGCUGUGAAUGUUUUUGCUUUAUGAAAUGAUUUCUAAUGGGUGAUGCCUUCUCAGAGCCCUGAGACAGCAUUUGCUAGAUAACCUUAAUGAAUGUAUUUAAUGUGACAGAACAGGUAAUGUGCCAUACCUUGGAACUAGAGGACAGAGCAAAUUAAUACAAAAAGUCUACUUAGAAUUGAAAGAGCACAGAAUUAAAGGUUUCCUGAAGUAUUGCACUAACAUAGAAAGCCUAAUUACUAACAAGAGAAUUGCCUUGGAGCCUGUGCUUUGAGUCUCACUCAUCCUUCCUAGAGGAGGGAAUGCUCUGGCAAAUCCUGAUAUAACAUUUUAGCAUUAAUCCACUGAAAAUACAACUGUGCAGUGGCUGAUCUGUGAAACUGCCCUGUCACUGCAGAACACUUAAGUACUAAAUGCAUGGAUUAGGAACACCAGGCUGCCUCCAGAAGUUUUGUGAUCAUCUUGUAUCUACCUAAAGCUUCUGAAAUUAAGUGCAAAGGGUUAAGGUAAACACCUCUGAGUUUUAUGUCAUAGCUGGGCUUAACUCUCCUGCCCUACUGGUUUUUAUUGUCCCUACAUGAUAUGCUGCUAUUGGAGGUGAAACCACAGCUCACUCUCACCUAGUUUAAGCUGAGCUACAAGAAGAAUUUGUUCUGAGUUUUACAGUUCAUUUCAGGUCUUUCAGGUGGUGCCAGACAUUGGCAUUAUUACACUGAUGCCCCACAUGCUGUGCAGCACCAACAGCUGCUUCAGGCUCCUUCAUUUUAAGUGACACAGAAAAAAGGUGACAGCAUCCCAUUUUCUGCCCUGAAGCUGCAGGGGGUCAGUCUCGUGCCAAGGUGGGCUUGUAUCACUGCUGCAGGGAUUUUUGGGAUGGCUUUACUCUGUAAGCAGUGCUAUGUGCAGCUGAAGGCUGGUGAGUGGCUGCAGUAAAGCCAUCCUUGGGGAAGAUCCCGAGUUGGAGACUGGGGAUAUAUCCAAAACUGAGUGUACUAUGAUAAAAUCUACAUCCCCUUUUCCCUCAGGGAUUGCACACCCUGAAGGGUGCAGAGAUGCUCAAGCCACAGGCUGAGGAGCUGGAUGCAGCCUGUGCUCAGCAUAUCAGGGUCUCAGUGUAAUGUUGCCCAGAGC